CCAUCGCGCGCACUCCGGCCGAAGUUUUGAAACAAUUAAUUACUGCGGCAUAAGAUUAAUCAUUAUAAUACAGUCUCUCGUACGUGCUUCAUCGUGAAAGAAUAAUUGUAAAGUGAACGAACCCUUGUCGCACUUUUGGGGAAAACGAAGCACGAUCAUUCUGUAUUCUUGCGAAUUUUGGAAAGGACGAGGAAAAGAAAGAAUAAUUAUAUCUCGAAAUUGUGGCCCUUGCGUGUUUCGGAGUCGCCCACACCUCAUCUAAUUUCUCUUCCAAUCGUGACACGUUAACGACUCAUCUUCACCACAAAGGUAAGAUCAUGUGCGCAUCAUAUUAAUUCAUUUUCUGGUAUUUCCUAAGAUGCAUUGAAUCAUUUCCCCUUCCUUCGGAUUCUGUAGAUGAAUAGAUCACUACAGAGACAAGCUCGCAGGCAGAACAUCCGACAAUUGGAACGGUAUAUCGAGUCAAGGGCCAGGAUUCUCCGACUUUUGCACUCUAUCGAUAGGCGCGCCCCUCAAUUAUUCCAUCUACCGAAUCACUCGCGACAAAUUCAGCACGCGAUCGACCUAUCGACUUUUUCGUGUUUUGAUGUAGAAAUCGUCAAUACCGCCCCUCGUAAUAUUGUCCCUCGACGCACCUCGCGACGCGUACCCCCGCAAGCUAUAAGCUAUCCCCCUCAACCACCAGCACCGGUUGCUUCGACAUCUAACCCUCCCCCUUCCCCCUCUCGAUCUAGCAGUACAGCAACCGAUAUCGAGGAGGCCCUCCGAGACACGGUCGACGAGAGUCUCGCUCGAAUGAUAGAAGCAGUGCAAACUUUUAAUACAAUACCAUCUGAAGCUCUCCCUAGUGUAAACCAAGACGAAUUCGAGGAAUAUCUACGAUCCUUAGAAUUGCGCCCAGUCCAGCCCAGCGACCCAUGAUUGUAACCCCCCUUUUUACAUGGUAGUCUAGUGGUUGUAGACACCUAGUAUAGUAAUAAAGUAGAGUUGUUUUGAUAAAGAGACCAUUUCUGUUUCUUUCGCG